AUGUCAAACUCUUAUGAGCAGAGCCUUGAUGAGAAUGCAGUGUUCCUGCCGGUGAAUGAGUCCUCCCCAGAGUUCCUCCAUUGUGAGAAGGAGCGUCAAGCAGUGGAGAGACUAAUAAAUGCAGGACCAGAGGCCUUCAACAGCUCCAUCGAGACAGAGCGGUCCGGCUGCUUCCUCUCUUCUGAAGAGGUCAGCCAGAUAAGCAGCUGGUCCCAGGACUAUCGCCUUAACCCGAUACGUGUGCAAAGACAGGAGAAUGGAGAGGAAGGCAGUUUGGAGAUGGAGGACUUCUGUUCUACCUACUUCCCUUCCUACUCAGACAUACCACCUCCGAACCUGGAUCUAGGCUGGCCAGAAAAAAGCCACUGGGGGCCAAAGGCAAGCGUUACAGUCCACACCAGCCCUCCUGCUGAGGGAGAACCUCCUGUCAGACAGAUCAUCAGACAACACUUGCAAAAGGCUGGCCAAGUAAUUGCCAUUGCGACAGACAAAUUGACAGACGGUGCUAUAAUUGCCGAUUUGCACAAUGCUGCUUCCCGGGGUGUCCCUGUCUACAUCAUCCUGAAUCAAAGGUCCAUUCAAGAGAACUUCAUGCUCAACAGGCUCAGACAUCCGAACAUGCAGGUCCGUGUUCUUGGAGGGAAAACCUUCUGUUCAAGGACGGGAAGAACGGUGGUCGGGGAAAUGAAAGACAAGUUCCUUCUGUUAGAUUUAGAGACAGUGAUUCAUGGCAGCUACAGCCUCACAUGGACAGACGCCCACCUGCACCGGCAGCUGAUCACUGUUCUAAGCGGCCCAGUUGUCGACUCAUUCGACAGGGAGUUCAGGAUCCUUUUUGCUGCUUCACUCCCCGUCCCUGACACAUGGAGGGUUGAAGGUACUCAUGUACCAGAUGUGUCUCAUCGGCUGAAAGAUCGCUCAGAUCUCGUUUAUCAAAGACAUCACCAUUUUGAGCCUGAGAUUACCAAUCCUCCAUCACCACCUGCUGAUUCCCUCCUGGACUGGGAAGCCAUGGGGGUCAUCCAGAGUAAAGAGUUCAGUCCUCUUGAUCAACAUGAGGACAUCAUGGCCAAGGAAAUGCCACUGCAGAGCAAAAUGCUGUUUGAUAAAAACUCACCCUUUAUGGAUGGUUUUACUAACAAUGGAAACCAAUUUGUGGAUAAGAAAAGGCAACUCUCCAAAGAGAAGAGAAACUAUUUAGAUGACAGGACAGAAACAAGACUUGAUGAUAAAGCAACAGAACCAACACACAAUAUGAUCAAACUUCCGUCUCCUAUGAGAAGAGAUUCCUCAAGGACGGGGGCUAUUUUGGAAGAAGAGACUAGCAUAAAUAAAACUAGCGCACCAGUGGCGAACAUACCAUCUUCUAGAAAACCUAUCAUCCUGAGGGUGCCGCAUUCUGAGAGCUUCAGCUCUCUGAGUGACAUUAUGAAGAGGAUUCAGCGUCAGCAGAGCCCAUCAGGACAGCUCAAGAUAGGUUCGAAGGCCACUGUGUCAGAACUGAGCCACUCCAUGAUGAACCUGAAACUACCCAACACGAAUGACAUAGGAGUCCCAGUGCCAAGGUUCAAGGCCAGUUGCUUCGACCCGGAUCAUAUGACACCUGCUAUUUCCCUGAUGAGGAAGAGGAACGAUGAGUUGAAAUCAUUAUUGAACAGAACUCCAAAAAACAUUGUGCCCAGAGAGAGGCCUCGCAGCUCAAGUUAUACAUUCUGGAGGAGGUCACUGGCAGAGCCGGAGGGAGAACAGGAAUGAGGAGCAAGGGAGAAAAUACAUGAGAAAUACAUUGUGUAAUAGCAACUUCUGUCACUGAGGACAGGCAGCUGCCAGCAGUGGAUAGUUACAACCUCUGCAGUGUUACUUAAAGGGAAUGGAAAUGGAGGAUUUGAAAUCUUCUUUUUAUCGUCACACAUGUACACAGCACAGCACACAGUGAAAUUUAGAGUCUGCAUUUAAC